AUGUCGCUUUUCACUCACAAAGAAGCGGCGGAAAUCAGCCUUCGCGUGGCCUUCUCGUUUCUUGUGCUAAUCACCCUCGUCGGUAACUCUCUGGUCUGUCUUGUUGUCCUGAGAAACCGGCUGAUGAGAAGCGCCAUGAACUAUUUGUUGGUGAAUCUCGCCUGCGCCGAUAUGGUGGUAGCUAUAUUUGGGAUCCCUCGAUAUAUCCCAAUUCACACGUACGAACACCCCAUGGGGCACACCGGGGACUACCUCUGCAAGUUCCUAACCGGAGGGAAUCUGGUAUGGACCGGGGGCGUGGUCUCGGUGGUAUCACUGAUUGCUGUUGCAGUUGAAAGAUAUUUUGCUGUGUUGUACCCACACGACGAGAAAAAACGCAUCACAAAGGCCAAACUCAAAUUCAUCAUACCUGCUUGUUGGCUGUUUUCAAUCUUCUGGAAUAUUCCAGUAUAUGUGUUGGUGAAAUACAACGAGGAUUUAGAUUUUUGCCUCGAGGAUUGGCCCUCUGGUUGGUAUUUGAAUGCUUAUAGCCUUGGAUGGCUCAUUGUAGUCGGAAUUUUACCGUUAUCUGUUAUGACCCUUCUUUACAGCCGAGUGGUUUUUAAACUCUGGAUCACAAAGUCACAACCGGUAGAGCAAUCACAGCGCGCCGUCAUCAAGUCACGCAAACGUGUCACGAAAAUGGUCUUGACCGUGACAGUUGUUUGCGCAGUAUGUUGGCUUCCCAAUCUCAUUGCCUAUGUUCUUGAUUUCUAUGGAUUAAACUCUCAAGGCGACAUAGUUCACACGACAACCGUUGUCCUAGUAACUUUAAACUCAGCUGUUAAUCCGAUCGUCUACUGUUUUCAGAGCAGACAGUUUAGGAGAUGUGUCAAGGUACUAUUGCUUUCUCCAUGUUCGAUGCGGCGAACUGCAACUGUAGGACCCGCCUAG